AUGCGGAACCGGCGAGUAUAUAACCUUCGAAGCAUUUCAAAAGUGUUCGGUCGAAGUUUGAAGUUCCAACAUCGCGUGAUAAAAUAGCGGGGCUAAAGGCACGUAAAAAACUUUUGGAAAAACCGUUCGAUUUGUCCCAAAUAACAAUUUCACGUUGACAUAAUGACGUCUACCGAAGAACAACUAGCAAACUUACCCUGGGUCGAGAAAUAUCGCCCCAGGAGUUUGGAUGAACUCAUUUCUCACGAGAUGAUAAUAAAAACGAUAAACAAGUUUAUCGAUGAGAAUCAGUUGCCACAUCUUCUCUUGUACGGACCACCUGGGACAGGAAAGACCAGCACUAUACUGGCUUGUGCUCGUAAACUUUAUACUCCCGCUCAGUUUAAUUCAAUGGUGUUGGAAUUAAAUGCCUCUGACGACAGAGGCAUAGGUAUUGUACGAGGUCAAAUCCUAAGCUUUGCCAGUACAGGGACCAUGUACAGAUCUGCGUUCAAGUUGAUUAUUCUGGACGAGGCAGAUGCCAUGACGAUCGAUGCUCAGAAUGCGCUCAGAAGAAUUAUUGAGAAGUACACGGACAAUGUGCGCUUCUGCAUUAUAUGUAACUACCUCAGCAAGAUCAUCCCAGCUUUGCAGUCUCGUUGUACCAGAUUCAGAUUUAUGCCACUGGAACCAGAGCAAAUAAUCCCAAGAUUAAACCAUGUCAUCAAGGCUGAAAAUCUAAAGGUUACGGAGGACGGAAAGCAAGCAUUGAUGACCCUGAGCGGCGGCGAUAUGAGAAAAGUAAUAAGCGUGCUUCAGAGCACAUGGUUUGCUUACGGCGUGGUGAACGAAGAGAACGUGUAUAACUGUGUUGGGCAUCCUUUGCCGCGUGACAUAAAUAACAUUGUGAACUGGUUGCUGAACGAGCCUUACGACACGUGUUACAGAAAAAUUCAAGAGCUGAAGCUCAACAAAGGACUCGCGUUGCAAGAUAUACUAACGGAGGUUCACCUGUGUGUAGUUAAAAUUGAUUUUCCCGAUUCGGAGUUUAUCGAUUUGUUGUGCAAAAUGGCAGAUAUAGAGAAAAGACUGGCUUCCGGAUGUCGCGACGCUAUUCAACUGAACUCGCUCAUAUCCGCGUUCUACAAAAUUCGCGAUAUCGAAACGUGAUUUACAGAUAGACACACAUGUGAGAGGUAUUGAAAACGUUUAUAUAAUUAAAAUAUUUUAUUCUAUUUUUGUACAUAAAUUUUAUAAGAGAAUAUCGAGCACAUAUCAUGUUUUGGAAUAUCCAGAUAUAAAUAAUUAUUUAUGUACGUGCGCGCAUGUUCUUACAUCUAAUUAUAUCUGUACAAGGAUUAUGUUAAAAUCUCCGUUCCAUAUGUAUGUCUCGAAAUAUAAACGAAAGAAUUAUAUACAUUACGACAUUCCGAAAACAAGAUGUCGAACGAUGCGUUCGGACUGCUCCUCCCUUCACCACAUUUUUCAAACCCGAAAAAAAAAAAAAUCGAACUCUCUAUAGAAAGAAAACAAAAUAAACAACUAUACUAAAAAUAGAAAAAUACGUAUCUUGUUAGAUAUAAGUUACACAAUGUGAGAUUUCACAUUGUUUCAGGUCUCUCCGCUUAAUUACAUUCUGUCGUGCGCCUUAUCGGCAGCGACACAAAAAUCUUAGACCAGUCCGUCAAAGCUUAAGUCGC